UUCCAGUCUUCGAAGGGGAUAAGACAAGCAUAGACAAUCAUAGUGGAUAACCUAAUAUGUCACAAAACAAAAUGCAAUGAGAGGUCUAAAAGAGAAGGGCCAUUUUCUGGCUUAGGAGAUCAAAAAAGCAGCAUUUGAGUUAGGGCUACUGAAGGAAGCAUAAGAAUCCAACAGGUGAGGAGAGCUUGGAAACCUAUGAUUUAUGAGGCAGGAAACAAAGGAAGUGCCCAUCCGGAGGACAGAAGGAGAGUCCCCUAGGGUCAAUUUCAUACACGGUUAUUGAAGGCCUGUUAUAUGUAAACUCGAUGCCUGGUGACGGACUGACAGACUCCCCUGGGAUCCCGAGGUCUGAGCCGUUGCUCAGCCGCCGUUGCCCUAUCAUCGCUCCCUUUCCCAUUCCCACUUCCAAUCACCUGCCUUCCAUUCUUCCCAGCCACCCCGAAAGCUGGAGAGGCGCCCCCGCCCCUCUCAGUACGCAGCACUGGCGAAGCUUCACCUCCUGGUUCCCGACAGGAGCGCGCCGUUGUCCGUGGCCCGGGCUCUGUCCGGCAGCUUCUGGGUGCCUUCGGCCCAUGGGCUCCGCUUCUCUCCCACCGCUGGCAAGGCCGGGGGACUGAGCACUCCGGGGGCUGGAGCGGAGGCGGUGGAGGCAGGCGUGGCAGCGUCAUCAGGGGCAUGGAGGAGCAGCUAGCCUUGGAGAAUGACUGCCUGCUUCCUUUGGAGAGACAAUUCCAUGAGGCAGCCAGACAGAACAAUGUUGGGAAGAUGAAAGAAUUGAUUGGAACUGGGGUCAAUAUCAGAGCUAAAAACAAUGUGGGCAGGUUGGCACUACACUGGGCUUCUGGAGCUGGGCAUGAGCAAGCUGUGAGACUACUCCUGGAGUACGAAGUGUCUGUGGAUGACAAGGACAUGUUUGGGAUGAAUGCACUGCUUCUCUCUGCCUGGUUUGGCCACCUACGGAUCCUACAGCUGCUAGUCAAUUCAGGGGCCAAGAUCAACUGUGAGGACAAGAACGGUCUGAACAUACUGCACUGUGCAGCCCAAAGAGGCCAUGUCCAUGUGCUGGAGUUUAUAAUGGAAGAUUUAGAGGAUGUGCCCCUUGAUCGAACUGAUAAGUUGGAUCGGACAGCUUUCCAUUUGGCGGCUGAGCAUGGACAGCUUGAUGCUCUGGAUUUCUUGAUUGGCUCCGGCUGCAACCACAGCAUCAAAGACAAGGAGGGAAACACGGCCCUUCAUUUGGCAGCCAAGAAUGGCCACUCUUUGGUGCUCCAGAGGAUCAUUGAGAUUGGACUGGAUCUAGAGGAGAAGAACGCAGAAGGCUUGACUGCACUGCAUAUGGCAACUGAGGAAGGCCACUUGGACUGUGUCCAGCUCCUGCUUCAGGCUGGCAGCAAGGUCAACGCCCAGACCCAGAAACAAAUGAAUUGCCUUCAUUACGCUGCUCUUCAUGGCUUUGAUGAUAUUGCUCAAGCUCUCAUUGAUGCUGGAAUUAGCACAGAUGCUGCAAAUCAGCAAAAUUCAUCUCCCAUCCACAUUGCGGUGUUGAACAAUUUUCCUUCCAUAGUCAGACUCCUUAUCGAGGCAGAAAUCGACCUGGAUGUCACCGACAAUAGGCAACAGACACCCCUCCACAUUGCUGCUGAGAACGCGAGACAAGACAUAGCAGAAAUGAUUCUCCUCGAAGGAGUGAACUUAAAUUUGACAGAUAAGCAAGGAAAAACAUCAUUGGAUGUCGCUGCUCGUGGCAACCACAUCUGCUUGGUAGAUAUGAUCAUAAAAGCAGAUCGGUUUUACAAAUGGGAGCAGGACAACCUCAGAACUGGGUCUGACUCUUGGGCUGUGAAACCCUUAACCUUUAAACAGGACCAUGGGCUGGAAACCCAGCAUAUUCGCUCAGUACUGUGGCACUUAGCCACCAAAUACCUCAAGCACAACGAUUGGAAGAAACUGGCGCAUCACUGGAAGUUUACUGAUGCACACAUUCGCGCUAUUGAACAGCAAUGGGCAGGCACUAAGAGCUAUCGGGAACAUGGCCACAGAAUGUUGCUUAUUUGGCUCCAUGGCGUAAUCAUGGCAGCUGAAAACCCAAACAAAGGACUAUAUGAAGGGCUUGUGGGAAUCGACAGAAGAGAUCUCGCUGAAAGCAUCAGAAAGAAAGUGAAUGCAGAUUCCAGUUCUUCCAAGAAGUGUAUAACAAUGUGACUUGACCUAGAGAGAGCUGGGUGGAGCAGCCCUCCAGAAAGUGACUCCCCUUUUAUGGCUCUGACACACUUCUCACUGAACCCAGAACCUCAAGAUCAGUGCCACAGAAGUCUCAUGCCAGUAACCUUUUCCCUAAAGGUCUGUGCAGGGGUUUGUUCCACAUCUCCUCUAAACUAGGAAACCAGUUACUGUAAAUGGGUGCAUGUACAACUUAUGGGAUACACUGGGCUUUGGAAUCACACAAAAUUGAUCGCUUUGGUUUUAUUACUAUAGCUUGUUUACCACUACAACUGUUAUUAUUUAUAAGCUGGUUUGUCUACUUUAUAAAGUUUGAAAGAAAGUUUGAAACACUUCUUGCUAAUUGCAACUCAAGAAUACUGCUUUCCUGAGUUUUGCUAAGAGGAUUGGCCAAGACAGGUUGUUAUGAGUUCUCAAGUGUUACUGAUAAUAAGUAGAAAAAAUUACAAUGGCCAUUUUGAAUCUACUAGGUCCAACAUUUUGUAAAAAUCAUAGUUGCACAGCUGAUUAAGAAUUUAAAAAUGUUUUCUGAAAAUUACACAUGACCAAGUUUUGCUUUAUUGCAUAAUAAUUUCAAAGAGAGAUUAAGAGGAUUACUUCUUAGAAAAAUAAAUGCACUGGCAACUAAUUAAACCUUUUUCAUUUGGCAAAAGCUGCCCAUUGGGAGAAAGGUACAGAAAAGAGAAAGAGACUCAAGAGUUUAGGACUUGAAAGAAUUUUCAGGGUUCUUCAAAGUUGUCAAAAUCUCCAUCUCCCUUUUAAUAAACAUGUGAAGAAACUGAUCCCAUGGCUAAUUAGCAAAACUGGGACUAAGAUUUAAGUCUGUUGAAUCCUCCAAGUCACGUGUAGUUCUGAGGAAUGUGUAUUCCCUUAAAUGCAGUUUUUCUGCCCUCCCUUACAAUAUAAAAAGAUCUCUGGGGCAAAAGGAGGAGGGCAAGCUGUGAUUUUCCUUGAGUGCUGGCUACUUAAUCACAUGUAGACAUUGAGUUCUCUGGGCAAUAUAUGUCAUCAGACAGAACCUAGAUCACAGGGGAUUUAGAUGGUUUAGUAAGAUGAUUUUUACAAACGAAGUUUUCUAAUUUUUUUAAGAGGAAAAAAUUAUUAAAUUGAUUGCGGAUUCUAUAAUAAAACUUUGAGUUGGACCAAGUGAA